GGUCCGCCAUGACGGACGUUAUAACAACCUCUGCGCUCCUGUAAAGCCUGUCGAAAGACGGACAUCUGGUAGCCUAAUAUCGCUUUUAUCUAGUUGAUUUCACUUUCAAAGUGGUCACAGGCUGCUGCGCGGUCGGUAAGGAUGCAAACCAAAGUUGUUAUUUAAUUGUAUAACUUUUAAUGAAGAAAGAUGAGGUGGCGAAUGAUGGCGGCCGUCCAUCAGGACUGGCAGCCCUCGGUGUUACCGCGGGUUUACACAUUUUUUACAAGGGUCAAACUGAUGAAGACUCCAGAUUGGAUUUUUGACUUUCCUCCAACUAUACAAUGCUGCAGCAACUUUGACUUUCUACUUUCAACCAAUAAAAAAAUCAAGCAAAUGAUGAAAGAUCUUUGUAGGAUUUAGUUUUUGGUCACCAAAAAGUGCAAACAACAGCCAUUGUGUUAUCUUUCUGCUAGAACACCAUAAGAGACAGCAAGCACGCCUUUUAGUUCCCUCAUUAUUGAAUGCUGAAAUAGCUGAAAUGGCAGACCAUUACCAGAACAACGUAUACCACCAGGGAGGCGGGGACAGCUAUGGGACUUACGAAGAAGGCGGUGGUCCUGACGGCUACGGUUACCAGGUGGAUUAUCCUCCUCAGGAAGAGGACGCAGCGAGCGACGUGACGGAGGGACACGAUGAUGAAGAUCAAAUGUACGAAGGAGAAUACCAGGGGAUUCCACAUCCUGAUGAGGUGAAGGCUGCACAGAGAGCCGCACGGGCGAAGUCCAGAGAAGGCGGCAGCGCCGCGUCUGAGCUGGAGGAGUUAUCGGAGCAGUAUGAGGACAUCAUGCAGGACUGCGGCCACGGGAAGUUCCAGUGGAUGCUCUUCAUGGUGCUGGGUCUGGCUCUCAUGGCCGACGGAGUCGAAUGCUACGUGGUGGCGUUUGCUCUGCCGUCAGCAGAAAAGGACCUUUGUCUGUCCAAUGCAGAGAAAGGGAUGCUGGGUCUGGUGGUCUUCCUGAGCAUGAUGGUCGGAGCGUUCCUCUGGGGUGGUCUGGCUGAUAAAACCGGCCGUCGGCGCUGUCUGAUUUUAGCUUUAGGCAUAAACUGCAUCUUUGCCUUCCUGUCAUCGUUUGCUGGUGGAUACGGCUUCUUCCUGUUCUUCAGGCUGCUCUCUGGCAUUGGCAUCGGCGGCACGGUGCCCAUCGUCUACUCUUACUUCUCUGAGUUCCUGCAGAUGGAUAAGAGAGGGGAGCAUCUGUCCUGGCUGUGCAUGUUCUGGAUGUUCGGUGGGAUUUACGCCUCAUUCACCGCCUGGGGAAUCAUCCCGAGAUACGGGUGGGGGUUCAGUAUGGGCACAGAGCUCCAGUUCCACAGCUGGCGGGUCUUCGUCAUCAUCGCGGCUCUUCCGGCCGUCACGUCUCUGGUUGGACUCACCUUCAUGCCUGAGAGUCCCCGCUUCCUGCUGGAGCAUGCCAAACAUGACGAGGCGUGGAUGAUCCUGAAGCGAGUUCAUGACACCAACUGGAGAGCCAAAGGGAAACCGGAGAAAGUCUUCACUGUGACUCACAUUAAGGCUCCCAAGAUGGCCGAAGACGAACUCAUCGAGAUCCAGAGCGGGACUGGAACACCGGUGCAGCGCUGGGCCGUUCGCUCGCUUACACUGUGCAAACUGGUGCUGAGGAACAUGGCGUCCCUGCUGUCUGCAGAGCUGAGGUUUGCCACUCUCUUCAUGGCCAUCAUCUGGUUCUGCAUGGCCUUCAGUUAUUACGGCCUGUCUGUGUGGUUCCCCGACAUGAUCAAAUACCUGCAGUAUGAGGAGUACGAGACCAAGGUGAAGACGUUCCACAGAGAACGAGUGGUGGACGUCAGAUUCGACUUUCCCUUGAAGAACCAGAUCCACAAGGAGGGAGAAUACAAACGGGACACGUUCAUCGGCAUCGAGAUGAAAUCGGUGAAGUUCGAAGACUCCCUGUUUGAUAAUUGCACCUUUGAGGACAUCCGGUCCACAAACACUGUGUUCGAGAACUGCACUAUCCUCUCCACCGUUUUCUACAAUACAGACCUGUGGGAGGAGAAGUUCAUCGACUGCCGGAUGGAGAACACCACUUUCGAGCACAACAAACAUGGCUGCCACCUGGAUUCAGUGGAGGAGAACGACGUGUUGAUCUACCUGGUCAGCUUCCUGGGCAGCCUGGCCGUGUUGCCGGGCAACAUCAUCUCUGCGCUGUUCGUGGAGAAGAUCGGCAGGGUCAAGAUCAUAGGUGGCUCCAUGCUCAUUUCUGCCGGAUGCUCCUUCUUCCUGUUCCUGAGCUUCAGCCAAUCAGCAAUCAUCGCCUUGCAGUGCAUGUUCUGCGCCGUCAGCGCCGCUGCGUGGAACGGGAUCGAGGUGGUGACCGUGGAGCUCUACCCGACUUCGAAAAGGGCGACGGCGUUUGGCGUGCUGAACGCGCUCUGUAAGCUGGCCGCCAUCCUCGGCAGCUCCAUCUUCGCCAGCUUCGUGGGGAUCACCAAAGCCAUCCCCAUCCUUCUGUCCUUCACCGCCCUGGUGUGUGGCGGCCUGGUGGCUCUCAAGCUGCCCGACACGAGGCAGAAAAUCCUGCAGUGAUUUCCGCCGCGGCGUCCGGAGGCAGAAGAAGAGAGUCCGCUUCACGUCGGAAGCUGUCGGACUUCAUGUUGCUCUGCAGAAGGCGAGAACAGAAACACCUCAGCCAAACGCUCGUUUCUUCACGUGAACAUCCAUCUGUACAGAGUGGAGGAAGGAGGAGUUUUUAGUUUCAGCUCAGUCCAUCAUCCGGCGGUGGAGCUACUGAUGACUGAUCAAUACUCGAUCCAUCCUCUACUUCCUGUCUGUCAGCAGCAGCUCCAUGCAUGAGGAGGAACUUUGCCUUCCAGCAGUUUCACAAACUUUCUGUUUGUAUGUUGAUGCUGUGAAAGAUGCUUAAGUUUUCAACCCCUGAAGUUCAAAAGCAGCAGUUUCUAAAAUCAAAUUUGCUCUAAGAUCUGCCAACAAAGAGAGUUUAUGCUCCGAAACCUGGAUUAGACAUUAAAGCUCUUUGAAACGAUUCAAAACAGAUCUGGAGUCACUCCUAAUAAACAGGUGAUUAUUAGUCACUGAAGGAACUCUUUAGUCAUGAUGUUACACUGCAAAACACAAAAUCUUACCAAGUAACUUUAGUUUCCAGUGCAAAUAUCUCCUUACAUUUGAAAAACAAAAAGCUUGACUUACAAGUAUCUUUUCAUCCAGAUAUAAAAUCUUGCUUUGAGUCAAUAAUUCCUUAAAAGUGAUGAAAAAACUACAAGCUGGAAGAUUAUUUUAUUUAAGACAUUUUCCCCCAUGUAUGCUAAAGUACAAAUUUAUUUGUUAGAUUUUAGUUUUAAAACUAGGAAAAGCUGAUGGUACUUAAACAAUUUAAGCAAUUUUGAUUCUGAAAUAAAGUCAAAAUUACACAAUGGUGUAUUACAGCCUUUGUGGAUAGAAAAAAAGAAGAGUACAUUUCCACCAGAAAUCACAGAAACUUUUUUAAUUAAUCUCAGAAAUUUUCUAGAAAAAUCUUGGAAAUUCUGAGUUUUAAAAGUCAAAUUUUUUACUACUUUUGGAGCUCAGAAAUUUCGAUUGUUUCCUAGAAAAUAUCUGAGAUAAAUCAAAAUUUCUGAGUUUUUGGCAGAAAUUUUCUCCUUUUUUUCUGUCCACAGUGGCACUAAUAUGCCAUCAUACUGUACAGUGCAUUAUGCCAUUAAACAAUACGCAAUAAUUGCAGUACAUUAUAUUUUUAAGCAUACUUACAUCGAAUGAUGCAAAAAAGUGGUUUAAGCAGAAAAAGAAAAAACAUACUGUCUGUUUGGCUUUUAAACAUCAUCAAGGUGAAAAUCUUUAUUGCCACAAUAACAGUAUCCAUGGUUAUUUAUGUGAUUUUUUUUCUGUCUUCUAUGACAGUCACAUUAAUUCCUAAUGAAUCUUAACUGAUUAUGUUUAGAAAACCAGAAUAAAUGGUGGGUGAAUAAAACAGGAGUGAUUCCAGAUCUUUUAUUCCAGAACAGUGGUUACCAACCAGCUGGAUUUAAUUGAAGUUUUAGUGAUUUUUCUCAAAUUAUAAGGUUAUUUUAUAAGUACUAAUAUCAAAUUGCAGCUGCUACAUCCCACAGACGGAUUUUAACUCUCAUCCCAUGAAACUAACUGGAGCUUCUGAUCGAACAGCUGUUUAUCGUCCCAGAGUGCAGCUGUGUGUCUUCCUGUCCUGUGUGUCCUGCAUGACAACCUCCGUCCUGAUUGUGCUGGAUCUUCUCAGAAACACAAACAUAUCUGUGUGUAACUUUAACAGUUUCUGUGCUUUGGAGUUGAUUUUGUUUUAACCGACUAGCUUGUUCUUUCUUUUGAUUUCUACUGACGUGAGUUUCCGCCAUCUUUCUUUUUUUUCCCUCACAUUUUCACUGGAAAUGGAUCUGAAUGUGGUUACAGUGCCAUCUAGUGGACAAAAUAGACAAUCACAUCCGGGACUGAGACAUUUUUAAUUUUUUUAAAUCAAAGUUUCCCAUCGGCCUGUUACUUGUUUUUGUGUCUUUUGGGGUUUUUGACUCUGACAGACGUUUGUUUUAUUUAUCUUAUUUGGUUCUGGUUCUGGUUGUGUCAGUGGCUGCAUGUCUGUCUGGUAUUUUCUCUUGGCUUUGCGUUUUCAACAUAAUAUGUAAGUGUAACGUGGUCUGAGUCUCAACUGUGUUUUUACUCAAUAAAAAGGAGAGAUGAGCACUGGAACACCAAACCGCA